GGCAGUCAGUUUAGAUAGGGCACGGCUAAACCAAGCAGUACAAGACCCGUGACUUUACUGGAACUAUAUCUCAAAAGAAUAAUGGAUGCUCCAGAUGAUGUGGAUGAAGAUGAGCAAUUUCUUAAUUAUGCGCUCCAGCAGAGCCUCCAGGGAUCAUACAGUAAUAAUAAUCCAGCCAGUGUGGACAAUGAGAAGAUUUUGGAUGCAAUCAGAAGAGGUGACCUGUUUACUCUCCAGGAUAUGCUGGACUAUCCAGCUGCCUUUACUGAGGUGGAUAAUAGAGGCUGGUACCCAGUUCACCGAGCAGCAGUACAGCAAUCUGUCCAAGUGCUUGAAAUGGUGCUGUAUGCUUCUUACAGGCUGAGCCUGGAUGAGGAAACAGCAGAUGGACAGACUCCUCUGACUCUGGCUACUCAAGCUGGACUAGUGGAGAUUGUUCGGACUUUGCUGGCACAUGGUGCUUCUCCUCACAGAACCAACCGAAAGAAUGAGUCUCCUUUACUGCUGGCUGUAAGAACAGACGCGUAUGAUAUUGCACGAGCACUUUUAACUCGAGGAGCAUCAGCGAACCAGGUCUGCCUGAAGAAGUGGACACCCAUGCAUGAGGCUGCUAAAGUGGGCUGCAUUGAAGUCCUGAAGCUUUUACUGCAGCAUGGAGGCCAGAUCUCAGACACAGAUCAGAGUGGGGUGACCCCGAUGGGCAUCGCUGCAGAGUACGCCCAGGCAGAGGUGUUAGAUCUCCUCAUUCACAAUGGUGCUGAUGUAAACGCCCAGGCACCGAAUGGUGACAGUGUUUUAUAUGAUGCUGCUGGCGCUGGUAAUCCUGACUGUAUCGACCUUCUCCUUCAAAACGGGGCCAAUCCAAACCUCCUAAAUCUCUCCUCACAGCUUCCUAUACAUCGAGCAGCUUACGAAGGGCACUACCUUGUACUCAGGAUGUUGAUCCCCGUUACCACCAAAAGGGCUCUCAGACUUUCUGGCCAGAGCCCUGUUCACUCAGCUGCAGAUGGUGGUCACAUCCAGUGCCUGGAGCUUCUCCUGGAGAAAGGCUUCGAUGUCAACGCUCCACUCGAGCAGCACAUGUCUGAUAAUUACGGGGAUAUGAGGAGAAGCCCCUUGUUCUUCGCAGUCUCCAAUGGAGAUGUCACCUGCACUGAACUCUUGCUGAAUGCAGGUGCUAAAACUGAUCUGGAUCCACUGAGCUGCCUCCUCGUGGCAGUGAGAGCCGGGAGGUACGAGAUCGUCAAGGUUCUCCUGGCCAGGCAGGCUGAUGUGAACUGCUACUUCACAGCAGUGAUUGACACACUGUUCCCUUCAGCUCUACAGUACUGCCUCAAGGACGAGAUGAUGAUGCGAAUGAUACUGAACUGUGGCUACGAUGCAGACAAGUGCUUCAGCUGUCACCAUGAUUCAACACGGAGCAGCCGUAGUCAUCACUCAGAGCAUUCAAGUGAAAAGAUCCCUUUUUGUGAUUUCAUCAGUGUCUCGUGGUUGGCGCAGAAUGCAGGAAGAGUUGUGCGGGUUCUCCUGGAUUAUGUUCUCUAUGUCCCCAUCUGUCACAAGCUGAAAAUGGUUCUGGAGAAGCAUAAAGAGUGGCCAGAGAUUUGUGACAUUUUAGGAAACCCUCGUACCCUGAAGCACAUGUGCCGACUGGAGAUCAGGAGAAGGAUGACUCCACACAGACUGGGUGACCCAGCCAUCUUCAGCUCUGCACAUUUCCCACCUGGACUUCAGAGCUUCCUGAUGUAUAGAGAGUAUGACCUGUAUGGCAGACUCUAAGUUUAUUGAAACAUACCCAGUUGUUUAAAUAAACCAGCACUGAAUUAGAUCUAUAUUAGAGUAGAAACAGUGCUGAAACUUUUAUGAACAGAACUCAUUUUGCUCAUCAUGUUUUAAAGUUGCACAAAAAGUCUUAAUUUUAAAGCAGCGUUAUGUGAGAACAGGCUUCCUGAUUUCCUGCUCCUGUGCUUUCCCUACAGUCAGGAAGCAUAAUUCCUCAUUUGUGGCACCCCGGAAAAGGAUACACAUUUCACAUGCAUUUCUGGACAAGCCGCGAGACUGGCACUGAAACUGUCACUGAAAGUGAAAGAAGCAUGUGGACUGGGUGGUAGAGUAACAUUAUAGAGUAAUGGUGAGAGGUGCUAUUUUAUGGUAAAAAAAAAAAUAACAAUGUUGCUUUAAAUAGGGACUAUGCUUUAAAUAGCUUGUCUUUGGUGCUGUACCAAAUAAGAGAAUAGAAGGUGCCCUUUGUUUAUGUUUGUAUAUAAGUUGAUAAGAUAAAAAUACAUUUCUCACCAAAAAAUACUGUAAAUAAUUGACCAAGCCCAUGUGCUAUGUGUUGCUUUGUUUGUUUGUUUUGACAAUAAACUAAAACUUUUGUCAAUGUUCAAUACUUGUGUGUAUAUGAAUUUAUAUAGCAUUAUAGUAUGUUGCUGCUUUUUGUAAAUGCAAGUUGCUGUGACGUGUGCUGAUAACCUGAUGACUUGUCAGUGUGGCUGGGCAAUAUUGGAAAAAUAUUGUAUUAUGGUAUCAAGUUUUUUUUUUUUUACCAUAUUUUGACAAAAUGCAUUAAUUGUAGCAUAUUCUAACCUGUAUCACUAUACUAGUUAUUAAAAUACAAUUAUUUUUAUUCAAAAUGUUCUGCACUUCAUCCAAUUAAUCAGGAUUUAAUUGGAUGCAGUGCAGUUGGUCAGUGUUCUUCAAAAACUGACAUGCAUCGUAUGAUCAGAUAAGCAUGAUAUUGAUCUUAAUAACAAAUUUAUCACAAAGCGUACAAUAUUGUUAUAUUGCCCAGCCCUACUUAAUAUUAGAAACAUUUUCCUAAACUCAUUAUUUACUCAUAAUGAAGCUAUUGUGUAGUGAUGGAUGUUGAAAAUCCAUUACAAAUAACUUUAUUUAAAAUGUGUUAUUUGUCUG